AGAUAAUCUUGAAUCACCAUUUAUGUCAAUCCACAAAACUGUCGUCUUUUUGAUUCUGAGUGUGUCUUCAUUGGGAAAGACCGCUGGGCAACUUCCUUGUCGUACGACCAGGUCAGUACCAGACCAUGCCCUAAAAGGUCACGUGAUUUCAUCACCAGAAGGAAAGCGGCUCGAGAGCUGUGUAGCUGUUUGUGACAGCAUUGACAAUUGUUUCAGUAUUAACUAUUACAUCUCAUCGAAGAAAUGUGAGUUGAACAAUAAAACGGCAAAGUGGUACGCCAACGAUCUGAGAGUAACACCUGGAGCAGUCUACCUAGAUAUCUUGUCACGUGACUAUACUCCGUGUGUCGAUCGAAAUCCGCCAUGUUCUGCAGGAAAAUGUGUCCCCAUCCCUGGAUCCUUAGCGACACGGUGUUUAUGUGACGGAAAUGCUGCUGCCUGUCAUAAUCAACCCUGUAUUUCCAAGCCAUUAGGAAUGGAAGAUGGUUCAAUAGCGGACAAUCAACUCACAGCAUCAUCAACGCACCCCACAGUUCAGCUGGGCUGGGGUCGACUGCACGACACGCGAGGAAGCUGGUCUGCAAACACAGAUUCUGGUACCCAGUGGUUCCAAGUGAGCUUUUUACCAAACGUGAAACGCAUAACAGACAUCGCAACUCAAGGAAAUGGAAAGAGCUGGUGGUGGGUUAAAACAUAUUACGUCAUGUACGGGAAGGGGGGAGAGCCCCUUAGAAAUUAUGAGGAAAAUAAUCAACGCGUGGUUUUUCAAGGAAAUACUGACAAGGAUGGUGUAGUGAAGAAAAAGAUAAACAAUCCCUUCGAGGCGGAUUCUGUCCGGCUAACAUCUCUGGGCUAUUCUGGAAAGGUUGCUCUGCGAAUUGAACUGUAUGGUUGUGAUGUAAUUUAGAAUUACGUUUAACUCAAACAACUGAGCGAAUGCAAUGAAGAAAAAUGUCUAAAUAAAUUUUAAGUGGCAACGCACGAUCCAAAAGACUUGUAUAUCGACCAUGGUGUCAAAGACAUAUAACAAUUCGUUGUUUCAGAGCUAAUAUAUCUAACAGUUCCAGAACUUUAGUGUUUUUGCGAUUCCCAGAUGGCUUCCACAUCUUUAGAGGAGUGUUUUGUAAGUCUGGUCAGUGCAGUGGUAAUCACCUUUUAAGAUUGGACAUAUACUAAUAGACAUGUUUAUACUAAACUUAAAUGCGUAGUAUUCGAAGGAACACUUAGGAAAGUUUUAAGCAUGUGCAAA